UACUCUUGAGUACUCCUAAAGGCACUGAUAAUGGCCGUGAAUAGCACUUUCACGCCGAAGGCGUCACUAACAGAAGCACCCACCAACCUGAAGGAGGCCAUUGACUGGGUCCUGAGGGUUACUGGUAGGGAUGGUAAAGAGAACAAAGAUGAAUGUAUAUGUGGCCUGGCGGCGGCAGUGGCUGACCUAUUGCAGUCAGUAGAACUGGAGUACCAUGGCUAUCAAGGUGAUACCAAGGAAGCGGAUACUACCGGGAAAAACAAUCUGGCCACCGAAAAGCAAGUCACAGACCGCCUCAAUGGACUAUUCUCCCUGGUACAGGGUCUGGGUGGCACUGCAGUGGUCCGGACCUAUAUAGACCAGUUGGCACAGAUACUCAGUGCACUCGUUGGGUGGAGUAAGAUAGAGACGUGUAAGGGCAGUGGGUGCAAAAGCACGGAUGGUAGUAGGAAUUGCAAGUAUGGUGGCAAAGGUCACGGUGGAUCACAGUGCUGCUGCAGCUCAGGUGGCGCUGCACAACACAAGGGCAGUCCCUGGUGUUGCAAGGAAAAUGGUGGCAGGAGGACUAUGAACUGCGCCAAUGGUUGUUGCAGUCAUGGUGGCCCGAGCUGCAAGUAUCUAGAUGAUGUAAAUGAUAAUGACAACUGUGACAAGUGUGAAUGUAAGAUAUUCGACGACAACGGCCACCACCUGGGCAGAGGGUGUACAAGGUGUAAGGGUAGUGGUGGUAGUGAUUGUAGCUGUGAAAGCGAUUGUACUACUUCUGGUAAGUGCAAAUGCGCUGGAAAAGGCAAAUGCUGCAAGUGUUAUUGCACGAGUUGUUCGAAGUGUAAGAUGGAUGCGAAGUGCGUUUGCACCACCGAGGAGAGCAUUAUACUAUCCAGAUCAACAUACGUAGAGGUCAGCAUAGAGCGCUAUAUGUCAUCAUACUCAAAAAACAAACACAAUCAUCCAACAUGGAAUGAUCUGAAGGAAAGUGCUUCUAAUCGCCACCACUGUGCCCAAAUCCUCCUGGGAUCAGUAUGUCUCAUCUGGAGUGGCAUUACUUAUAUGUAUUGGACUGGAAAGUGGGCCACGGGUAGUCCAUACUGGAAUAAUCACAUCCUGGAUGGCAGUGGCCUAGAUGAUGGUACACUAUCCCAAUGGUUACAGGCCCUAGGGUUUCCUAGGGAUAUGUUGAAUAACGGUGGUCCUGGAAAUAGAAUGGAUGGACUGAUUAACGAUGAGUUAAAGGAGAGGUUGUUUCUAGGGUUUAUUCACCCUGAUGACGAAGCUGCGAAGGAAACUUGGGGUAAUACAGCUAGAGUGCCAACAAGUAUGAACUGUGCAGGAUUUGUACACACUAUACAUAGGGAUUCAUUUCAUCAGGGAGCUACUGUGUUCAGGAAUGGCACUACCUCUGGUAAUACUGACCAGGAUAUUAACCAGCACAAACGAGGUGCUCUCUUCAAACUCUAUAUCCUAUCAUGUGCCUAUUUUACAGGGUUACAGAAAAAGACUACUGAGAGUAAUAGUCUACGUCACCCGAAGACCAUCCGGGAAAUCUUAUACUGGCUUAGUGCAUUGCCAUAUAGUACGGCAUACCCCAAAAUACUGCAGCACGGCAAAGAGAGACUAGAAGAGGUACUCAAGAAACCCGGGGAUAGUGACUCUACCAAUGGAGAGACACAACUUAAGUUUCACCAAACAGGCCGCGAUUAUCCCAUUACAGUAGAUGAAUACAACCUCUUUGCCCACUUCCAAGCAGUGACUCAGUACUGCCCACUGGUCCUCAUAGGUAUCCAAGGUGGACUCAAAGGCACUGACGAAACACUAGGACCUCCCAUCCACUCCCUCUACGCCAACACGGAGUGCCACUUCACCUACCCAGCAGUGCCCAUUCAAGCAUACAACCAGGUGGUCCACUACAUUAGGGCUCUGUUCUACCAGCUCUACUUCCUAAGGAAGCAAUGUGCCGUGAAGGUUACUUGUGGAGGCAAAUGGCGUGAAUGUAGGUAUGGAAAUGGGGUAGUCUCCAAGGGGGUAAUUAGCUGGAUGUGCCUGGGGUGUAGCCCCAUGGAACAUGAUAGGAAAAAGAGGGUGGGGAAGGUAAAGGGGGAGUUGAGAAAAGUAGUGCCCCAGGGGACAUCAGAGGAGCUCGUGAAGGCCCUAAAGGAAUUACUUUUGAAGAUUGGUGAUGUAGUGGUACAAUUGGGUAAUGCCCAGGAGAGGUUGGAUAGGGGAGAGAUUGUUCUGACGGGAGUGAAGAAUGCACUAAAUAAAGUAUUUGCAGGGGUGUAUCCGAAUGGGAAGUAUGGGAAGAAUUUUAAGGAUGUACUAUAUGAGGUACUAGAGAAAUUGGAGGAGGAGAAGGUGAAGGGACUAGAGAACCUGAAAGGAAUCAAGCAUGAUGGGGAGACAUCACAGGCAAUAAGUCAGGCCAGGAAGGCACUAGAGGCGGCUAAAAAGAACGCUGGAAAAGGUGCUGGUUAUAUUGAUCCAUGUAAGAAUGCGGUGAGUGCUGCUAUCCAUGGGUUUCAUCAGGUAUUGGAGAUAUUUAAGAAGUGGUUCACAGAUACAUCAAAAGGGCUCGACGGUCACAAAGAGGGACUGUUAAAAGCUACAGAGCAACUCAUCUCCAUCUGCACCUCUCCCAAAUGCAGCGCAUGUGCAAAGCACAUCGACAAGUGUGGCCGACAGGGAGAAAAAAAGACCUGUGAGAAGUGCCUCCAACCCACUACCACUGGUGUCCCCUCCCCCCUCCAGGCAUUUCUCGAUGACAGGUUACCAGGUUUUAGUUGUAGAGAGGUGGUGAACGAUGAGAGCGCACAGCCAGACUACCCCUUGGCUUCAUCCCACUUAGGACACUGUAAUGGUUCCGGUCAGUGCUGCCCACUGCCAAUGGGUUUUAGAAAUCAAUUCUAUAGUGGCACCAGUGACAGUACCGGCCAACGCCUCUAUGGCAUCCUGUACUUCUUCAGUAACGAGAACAUGAUGCAGUCUUGUGUUUAUACACUAGUGAGGGUCACAGCAGCACUCAGUGCCACCACACCACAGGUAUUGGGUGACGUCUUUGGGUUCUUUAGGGGUGGUGUAGGAAACAAGGAGGAGGGAGAGAAGAAGGGACAGAACAAGAAAUGUGAUCACGUUAGUAAUCCAAGUGACCAAUCAAAGAGGGAAGAAUACUUUUGCGGCUGGUGUGCCUCUGGGUUACGGGAUGUAGUACAAAAGAUAGAGUGGAUACCCAAUGGGAACAGUACUCCAGGAGGGCACUACAUGGACAAAGUCGGUAAAGCGCUAAGAGAUAUUAAGGGGGACAAAGGGGAUAGUGCUGCUGAACAAAACAGUACUACUUCCCUCUCAACGCUCACUGACGGCAACCACUACGUAUCCCCCCUAACCGGUGAGCUGUACACCGCAGUGAGUGCCACUUUCGGUAACACAUACCUCUCAUGGGUACUAUACCUAUCAGAUGCACUUGAAGGUGGAUUAAAGUCACUCUCUGAGGCAUUCCGUAAUAUUGAAUGCCGGGGCUGUAAGGGUCAGUGUGACCCCAAUAAGUGCAAGAAGGGUGAACACGGUAAAACUACUGGGGACUCCAAGAGCACUCCACUAUGUAACUGCCAAUCAAUCGUAUCAUGUACCGGGGUACUGCCGGUAUUGUAUAGACAUGGCUUCAGCUACGGUAACCCAUUCAAUCUGGAGGGGUAUGAACAGAAAGAGGAGGAGGAUUUGCAGUUCGACAUUGAGGACACGAAGAAAGCUAAGCAGUGUCAUGAGUUCCUAGAUAGCCUGAAGAAGGUAAUAGAGAACGCUGAGAAAGACAAGCAGGACCAGGCCACUAAAGAACACCCCCUCACCAACCUCCUCACCCAGGUCGGCCAACUCCAAUACGACAUACGGCUCCCCUGGAUCUUUGUGCUGACCUUAGCCUGGCUAGUGGCAGUGCUAUACCUUGCCUUUGGAGCCAUAUGGCCACUGGACUGGACACAUAUGAGGUCACACUGGUUACGGGGUGGAGAACACCAGUGGCAGUGUAUGUGGUAUAAGGUGAUGACGGGACGGAAGGGAGUGGAGCUGAUGGAGUAUUUUGGUAAGACAUAGUGGCGCCUUCGGCGCAACGG